AUGACCCCGUCAUCAUUUGAAGAAUUAUCGUCCAUAAGGUGUACGGAACCCAGCCAGAGCUUCAGCCCCAAUCUCGGGUCCCCGAGCCCCCCAGAGACUCCCAACGCGUCGCAUUGCGUUUCCUGCAUCGGGAAAUACUUAUUGUUGGAGCCUCUGGAGGGAGACCACGUUUUUCGAGCGGUGCAUCUGCACAGUGGGGAAGAACUGCUCUGCAAGGUUUUUGACAUUCGCUGCUAUCAGGAGUCGCUAGCUCCCUGUUUUUGUCUACCUAUACACAGCAACAUUAACCAAAUAAGUGAAAUAUUUCUCGGAGAGGCUAAAGCCUACGUGUUCUUUGAGAAAAGCCAUGGAGACAUGCAUUCUUUUGUUCGUACCUGUAAAAAGCUCAAAGAGGAAGAAGCAGCCAGACUGUUCUAUCAGAUCGUGUCGGCGGUGGCGCACUGUCACGAUGGCGGGGUGGUACUGAGAGACCUGAAACUUAGGAAAUUUGUCUUCAAUGAUGAAGAAAGGACUAAAGUCAAGUUGGAAAGCUUGGAAGAUGCUUAUGUUCUGUCGGGAUUGGAUGAUUCUCUAUCAGACAAGCAUGGUUGCCCAGCCUACGUUAGUCCAGAAAUCCUGAACACCAAUGGCAGCUACUCUGGCAAGGCGGCUGACGUAUGGAGUCUAGGCGUAAUGCUCUACACCAUGUUGGUUGGACGAUACCCAUUUCAUGACAUUGAACCUAGCUCCCUGUUCAGUAAAAUCCGUCGCGGCCAGUUUAACAUUCCAGAGACCUUGUCGCCCAAGGCAAAAUGCCUCAUACGUAGCAUUCUUCGACGGGAUCCGUCAGAACGGCUUACAUCUCAAGAAAUUCUGGACCAUCCCUGGUUUUCCACAGAUUUCAAUGCAUUGAAUUCAGGAUAUGGUGCUAAGGAAGUUUCAGAUCAAUUGGUGCCUGAUGUCAAUAUGGAUGAGGAAACGGACCCCUUUUUUAAUUGAGCACAAAACUUUCCUUUUUUUUUCGGUACUUGAGCUGAACAUGUCCACAUGAAGGAGUCCUUCCGGACUAUAGUAUUUGAAAUCCGUAUUGUUCCAGGACGGUCACUUUGAAAUAUGCUGCUCUGGGCUCCUUGAUUUUUGAGAAGACGGUUCUGCAAGGAACUCUUCUACAGAUGUAGCAUUAAGGCUGCUAUACAGUUAAUCUAGUUUUUGUUUUUCCUUUUUUUUUUUUUUCUUCUUUUUGGAAAAAUUAAGCAUGGAUCAGUUGUAGCUUCACCCUCUAUGGAGCCAAGGAGACUGCACAAGCCAAUUCCAGUUCAG